GCCAGGGGUAACCUGUGCUAUGCCUGUGCUAUGUAUAUCUUCGCCCGUCAUUAAAAGUGCACCGGUCUCCAGUCUAUUCCUGUGCCUGUCCAAAGUAUCCACUACUCGCCCUCCCUUACACGCCUCGAUUUCCCAUUUUCAAUGCUAGCACUGCUAGUGCUUUUCACUCUCAUUUCCCUUCCCCCCCCCUCCGAUUUCUCUCGCCCCCGACCGGAUCCUCGUUGAUUAUUAUCCAACACUCUUCUACCUACCUACCUGCCUGCCUGCCUGCCUCUCUCUCCCUUGACUCUACCACGCGCCCCAUUGGAUUGUCGCGGAGAUGGAUUUGCGAUAAUUGGUUUUCUUACGCGCCGGAUAAACUACAGAUAGGUAUCUGUAUUCGAAACUGUGACACUUAACCUGCGCUGCCUCCCGGUGUAACCGUUCCCUCUCGCUCCACCUUCUCACCCGCUACACAUCUCCGGAAUGCUUACCGACCAUGGAAUCCCUUGUCUAUGAGAACUCGCCGUUGGCUGAAUAUCUCCAAGGGGAGGGCGAGCACGAUCCGAACUGGCCGACUCAGGAGACCGAGCACAGCGACGAUUUCUCCGAUUCCACCGCGGCGGAUUUCGCCCCACGAGGGGCUUCGAGAUUUCAAGAACGCAUCCGGAACAAACUUCCCAAGCCACUCGAUCAGAAGGCUUUGCGACAGAAAGCAACCUUGGGUAAACUCUAUGAUGCUUGCACGUCUGCCUUGAAUUCACGCGUCGGACGAAGCGACAACGAGCGGUUUCUGGAACAAUUCGGUUAUUUUAUUGUCGCGUCCCAGUUGUUGAACGAGCACAGUGCGCCUUCCUAUACGUCAGCCGCGGAUGUGCUGUCCACUGCGCGCCCUGCCGACCUUCCCUCGAUUUCCGCGACGUUUGGCAUACAAGGGGCAGUUGUCACCGCUUCAACGUCUUUCUCCAUCGCUUGGCUGUUGCACUGGGGUCGGUCGAAAACUGCAUCGGGCUUGAAUCCAAGGAAGGUGGGAGUCCUGCUGGUACUGGUCCCCGUCAUUGGAGUCUUGUUCUACGCUUUCGCGAAGCGACAAUGGUUGAAGUACUUGCGACACCAAGCCGUUGAUGCAGCUGCGGCAUUCAUUGGCAAUGCCCAGGGAUUUGACUCCGCUGCUUCGGCGUCGGUCGUGUUUAUACAGGAAGUCGAGCUGGUCUCGAGAGGCUACCGCAUAAGCACACCUCUGCCGCCGAUAAGCAGACUCGAAGACCAGACGCAGACACGACGAUGCUUAAGACUUCGACGUACAGUAUCUGAAUCGUUUCACCUCAUGUUAGGCCGAUACCUUCAAGCACAACGAACCUUGCAGCCUCUGACCGAUAGCGCAAACCUGGCUAAAUAUUACGACAUCUAUGACAUUUCCGAAGAGGAGCUCAUAGAGGCACAAGGAUCAUAUGACGACCAAGCGACCGAAGACCAAUACUCACUGCGGGCGCUGCGGACACUGUUCGGAAGACUUUAUAUCGUGAGGAAGAGCAUUUUCUGCUGUCUUCUCGCUCUUGGAGCUGAUGGGGGUGGUUCGGACAUUGCAAGAUGGACCACUGCCGUUGAGCAGAUGCGGGAGCUGGCCAACGUGACCGGGGAUAAUACACACAAAAUGACCAGCAUUUUGAAUGAAGAAGACACCGAUGCUAUCCCUCCUUCUCCCCUACCCACGGCCUCGCCUAACAAAGACAACCUGCGUGCACAAUAUCGCAGGAUCAACUCUCUGUCACAGGGCAUAAGGGCUCUGCAUGCGAAGAUGCAUAUUCUCAGAGAAGCUUCAAGCGCAAACCUCGAACGGCCAUAUCCUAGCGAGUUUGAGGCAACCCUCGUUCCUCAGUAUGAAUCUAUUGGUACAGACAUAAAGAGUCUGCUUCAGGAAUGGGAAGCAGGGAAGUCGGCUCUGGCAAGCGCACUAGACAGACAAGCCAACCCCGAUUAUUCGCGGCCCCCGAGUGGAAUCAAAAUCCCCCUGUCACCCACUCCUAGCCUUGGGGGCUCUACGGCUGUGGAAGGGAGCCCGGCAGAUGCACUCAGGGCUUUGAACGGAGAAAGACCCGAUUCCUUCAUCGUCCAGAAUGCAGAUGACGCGGAAGAGAUUUUUGAAGCGAUUGCUCUCCCGCCUCGCAAUAAAAGAGCAUCCAUGACCAGAGAAGAGCGCAUCGCCCGCGUCAAAGAAGACAGGGCGCGUCAAGCCGCUCUACGAGAUCGUGCUGAUGCGAACACCAACAUGCUGAAGGAGCUCGAAAUGGUCAUCAAGCAGAGACCGCGCACCAUCCUUUACCAGUACGGCCAGGUGUUGGAAGCUCGCCUCGAACAAGCUAGCCUUCUCAAGCGCGUCGUCGACGCCAUUAAAGAUCUCGUGCAGGACUGCAACUUCGAUUGCAAUGACUCCGGAAUCUCCCUGCAAGCCAUGGACAACUCCCAUGUUGCCCUUGUCUCUAUGUUGCUGAAGGCUGAAGGAUUCUCUCCUUACCGCUGCGACCGUAACAUUGCCCUCGGUAUCAACCUGGUUUCCCUGACCAAGGUGCUGCGGGCUGCUCAGAAUGAAGACAUCCUCACCCUCAAGGCUGAGGACUCCCCCGAUGCCGUGAACCUGAUGUUCGAGAGUGCCGAGACCGACAGACUGAGCGAGUACGAUAUCAAGUUGAUGGACAUUGACCAAGAACACCUGGCCAUUCCCGAGACAGAGUACGCUGCUACGGUUGAGAUGCCGGCGGCAGAGUUCCAGCGCAUCUGCAGAGAUCUGAUGGCUCUUUCCGAGUCCGUCGUCAUCGAGGCCACGAAGGAGGGUGUCAAGUUCUCCUGCCAGGGUGACAUCGGCAGCGGCUCGGUCACUGUCCGUCAGCACAGCAACGUCGACAAGCCUGAGCAGAGCGUCUCCAUUUCCCUCAGUGAACCCGUCGCCCUCACUUUCUCCCUCAAAUACCUCGUCAACUUCUGCAAGGCCACCAACCUUUCCAACAAGGUGACUCUGUGCUUGUCGCAGGAGGUGCCCCUCCUCGUCGAGUACGGUCUUGGAAGCGGCCAUCUCAGAUUCUACCUUGCUCCUAAGAUCGGUGACGAGGAAUAGACGAAUGAUUGCGAAGAGCAAUGAAUACCAUCAUGAUAAAAGGGGGAGAAACGGGGAGGCAACGAUUUCCAUUUCUAUUUCGAUUUCAUCGACACAUCGCGUCACCAGAAAAUAUCCGCUCGGUUGUGUGCACGGGUGCAAAGGUUUAUUUCUUCAAUUAUAAUAUCCUGUUAGAUAUCAAGCGUUUCAAUUGUUCAAAAUUCAAUUGGUUUAUAGGGAAGAUCGACUAUUUUGGGGACGGUAGGGUUUUUCAU